AUGUCGCUCAAGCGAGACGCCGAAAAGAAGCCACGACGUGUCAAGGGAUGUUACAACUGCUCCCAGAGUCGAAUCAAUUGUGACCGCAAUUCGCCAUGCCAGAAAUGUAUCAAGAAGGGCAUUGAGUGCUGGGGUUUGGGCAUUAGGUAUCGAUUCAGCAACGGUGUUGCAUCGAGAGGAAAGCUGGCUGGGAAAUCCAUCCCGGUGGUCGAUCUCCAAGCGCCUGACCGGGAUAGCGGCAGCGAUCAGAAGCCAAAAGAUGGCCCAUUAAUACCAAGUCCCAAGUUUCAACCAAAGUCACCCCCUGCGGAUGAUUUGAGUUGCACACUUCACCAUCUCGACCAUCUCGACCAACAAUCAAGAUUCUUGCUCGGAUAUUGUUGGUUCUAUUCCCGUGAGACUUUGCUUCAUGAUUCUAACAAGUCAGUUUCUCAGCGGGUGGCUCCGGCAAUGGUCGCUAUCGACACUCACAAUGGCUAUCGCGACAUCCUUCUUCCAUUCUCGGAGCAGGAUCCAAUGAUAAGAAAUUCUAUACUCGCAGCAUCAGCGUCUCAUCUCUCGAAUCAAUAUCCUGAUUCCAGAUGGUCCGCUAUCGCACGGAAGUAUCAUAUGGCAGCCAUCCACGGUCUCAACCAACAAAGUCACGACUACACCGCAGCAGAUACGUUUUCCAAUUUGGCUACUAUGGUCAUUCUAUUGGUUGAAGAGAUGGUAUCUGUCGGUGAAGACUUCAUCAUUCUGCUCAGAAUGGUAAGGAGUUUUGUCUGCUCUCGCGGUGGCGAUAAGACUAUAGAGGAGGAACCGAUGGGACGGUUUUUGAUUCAACAAAUAAGGAAGUGA